CGCCUGGCCCCAAGCUAACCGACUUUAGUCAAUGGAACUCCGGGCUGGCUAGUGGGAAUGCCUCCGGAGGUCCCAAAAUUACAGAAGCCUGGCAUACGAGAAAGGGGAAUAUUAAUGCAUUUCCACUAGCCGAAAAGUGUUUGUUUUUUUUUUAUGCGCCGGGAUAAGGGAUAUUUUUUUCGAGGAAGGCUCUCGAAACGCUUAGCCGCCACAUGCUAACUAGCUCGGUGGUGUUGGCCUCGCUAGCCGGCUUGGUAAAUGUUCACUUUUUGCCUUUUGUUACUCGAAGGGCCACAGCGAAGUGUGACAUGGACUGGUUUAUAUUGACUUACACGCUCUAACGCUAAAGUGUUUUUGUUUUUGUUCUUUUUUUUUUUUUUGUCGCUAACAACGGCCGCAUUGUCUCCUCCUCCCUCUCAUGUUCCAAAUGGAGACCCACGUCUCGUGCCUUUUCCCCGAGAUCCUGGCCAUCAUCUUCAGCUACCUGGACGUGAAAGACAAGGGCCGGGUGGCCCAAGUGUGCGCGGCCUGGAGGGACGCGUCCUACCACAAGUCUGUGUGGCGGGGGGUGGAAGCCAAGCUGCACCUCCGCCGGGCCAACCCGUCCCUCUUCCCUAGCCUGCAGACCCGAGGUAUCAAAAAGGUCCAGAUCCUGAGCCUGAGACGCAGCCUGAGCUACGUGAUCCAAGGGAUGCCCCACAUCGAGAGCCUGAACCUGUGCGGCUGCUUCAACCUGACCGACAACGGGCUGGGUCACGCCUUCGUGCAGGACAUCCCGUCGCUGCGGGUGCUCAACCUCAGCCUUUGCAAGCAGAUCAGCGACUCCAGCCUGGGCCGCAUCGCCGAGUACCUGAAGAACUUGGCGGUUCUGGAGCUGGGCGGCUGCAGCAACAUCACCAACACGGGGCUCCUCCUGGUGGCCUGGGGUCUGCACCGGCUCAAGAGCCUCAACCUGCGCAGCUGCCGCCACGUGUCGGACGUGGGCAUCGGGCACCUGUCGGGCAUGACGCGCAGCGCCGCCGAGGGCUGCCUGGCGCUGGAGAAGCUCACCCUGCAGGACUGCCAGAAGCUCACCGACCUGUCGCUCAAGCACGUGGCCAAGGGUCUGGGCGGGCUCAAGGUGCUCAACCUGAGCUUCUGCGGCGGGAUCUCGGACGCCGGCAUGAUCCACGUGUCGCGCAUGAGCCGACUGGGCAGCCUCAACCUGCGCUCGUGCGACAACAUCAGCGACACGGGCAUCAUGCACCUGGCCACGGGCUCGCUGCGCCUGUCGGGCCUGGACGUGUCCUUCUGCGACAAAGUCGGCGACCAGAGCCUGGCGUACGUGGCGCAGGGCCUCUACCGGCUCAAGUCGCUGUCGCUGUGCUCGUGCCACGUGAGUGACGACGGCAUCGACCGCAUGGUGAGGCAGAUGCACGAGCUCAAGACGCUCAACAUCGGGCAGUGCGUGCGCAUCACCGACAAGGGCCUGGAGCUCAUCGCCGACCACCUGACGCAGCUGACGGGCAUCGACCUGUACGGCUGCACCAAGAUCACCAAGAGGGGCCUGGAGAGGAUCACGCAGCUGCCCUGCCUCAAGGUGCUCAAUCUGGGCUUGUGGCAGAUGACGGACAGCGAGCGCGUCAGGUGAAAGGCAUCUCCCGGGGAUGCCGAGCGAACUUUGGCGCAGCUCGGAGAUUCUCCCGUUGCUCGCGUGGCUUUUUUUUUCCGCCUACUCCGGCGCCCUCCCGCAUUCCAAAAACAUGUUGGGCUCAUUGAAGGCUCUAAAUUGUCCAGAGGUGUGAAUUUGAGUGGCUGUUAGUCAGAAUAAGCGCUGCACAAAAUGGAGAGAGAUGUUUCUAUUUUCAGCAGCGCGGUUAAAAAUUUGCUGAGAUCGUCUGCCACGCAGUCAAAGGUUCAGGGUUUGAAUCUCAACUAUGGCCUUCCCAUGUAGAGUUUACAGGUUCUCCCUGUGCUUGCGUGGGUUUUCUUCCAAAAAGGGCAUAUCAACUUCAUUGAAGGCUCGAAAACGUCUCAGAAUGCGAGUGUCAGCGGUCGUUGGUACGCCGGGAUAGGCUUCAGCAGAUGGCAAGCCUUCGUUAACACUGAACAGCUAUGCUAGUUGUGUGUUGCAAAUAUCUAAUUCAGUUUUGCCUCUCCCCAAAAAAUAUUUCAAAUGUCCGAUUAUCAUUUUUUAAGACUUUCCAUAUUCAUGUGUACGCCGUUUGUCGUCACAGAUAUCUAAAAUUCAUUUGCGGAUAUCUGACGCUAGUUUGAGAUAGCUACAAUUUGAGUCUUUUAAUUCCGGUUCAAGAUAUUUACACGUCCCCUUUCAGAUAUCUUAAGUCGUUUUAAGUAGGCGAAAUGAAGUUGUCGAUAUCUGUGACUGGAAUUAUGACGAGUCAGAAUCAAAUUGUAGAACCGCAAUCUACAAUACGUUUCAACUACUCACAAUCACAUGACAGAGCUCUCUAAUUCCAAUUUUGCAAAAUGUAAUUACUAGGACUGGUCAGAAAGACUUUGUUGAUAUCAACUACCGUAAUUUCUCGUGCAUAAUACGCACCCCCAAAGUUGACCUCAAAAUUCUGGAAAACCCUUCUACCUGUGUAGAAUGCAUUUUUACAAUGCAUGAUUUUGCUUCUACCCAUAUGAUCAAAACAAAGUAUUUUUUCAAAGAAUUAUCCUGAAGUUAAGCACUUUAUUUGAACAUUUUUUAUUUACUUGCUCUUAUUUUGAACUUCACAGCUUUACUUUUAUUUAGUAAAUGAGAAAACACACAGUUGUGCUCAUAUGUUUGAUUACCCAGGCAGAAUUUGUAAGAUGGGUACAAUUCUUGAAAGAAAACAUGAAGGGCUAGGCAAAACACAUUUAAUUUUAUUUUAAUUGGAUUCAAAUUAAACUGUCAAGCAUUUCAGAAAAGCAUUAUCAUUAAACAAAACAUAACCAUGAAGAAAUGAACGAUGGUUGUUGUUCAGUCAUAAUAAAAAAAAAAAAAAACAAUAUUUCACAAAUUCUGCCAGGGUAUGUAAACUUCUGAGCACAACUGUACAAACAGUAUAUGCCGUCAUACAUACAUGCAUUCCCCUGUCAUAUUGGAAUGAAAGUGUACACAUUUCUCAUAACCGCUAGAUGGCGGCAUACAUUUAUAAAAUGUGAAAGUUGUUUUUUUUUUUUUUUUUUUUUUCCAUUUUCCCCUACACCUGUGUAUAAUGCGCACUAUUGACUUUUGACAUUUUUUGGGGGGGGAGGGGGUGGGGGGGAAUGCACAUUAUACAUGAGAAAUUACGGUAUGUUAAAUGUGGUUAGUCAAAUUCCAUCCAUCCAUCCAUUUUCUGAGCCGCUUCUCCUCACUAGGGUCGCGGGCGUGCUGGAGCCUAUCCCAGCUGUCAUCAGGCAGGAGGCGGGGUACACCCUGAACUGGUUGCCAGCCAAUCGCAGGGCACAUAGAAACUAACAACCAUUCGCACUCACAGUCAUGCCUACGGGCAAUUUAGAGUCUCCAAUUAAUGCAUGUUUUUUGGGAUGUGGGAGGAAACCGGAGUGCCCGGAGAAAACCCACGCAGGCACGGGGAGAACAUGCAAACUCCACACAGGCGGGGACGGGGAUUGAACCCCGCACCUCAGAACUGUGAGGCUGACGCUCUAACCAGUCGGCCACCGUGCCGCGGUUAGUCAAAUUGACCUUUUUAAAUGUGAAGAAGGCUUGCCAUGCCAGCUUCCCCAUGAUCCUGAACUGUAAACGCAGCAAGGAAAAUAGAUUGGGCAGCACGAUUCGCUCGUGAUUAUAGCAGGUCCGCCUCGCAGUCAAAUGUUCAGGGUUCGAUUCCCACCUCUUGCCUUCCGGUGUGGAGUUUGCAUGUCCUCCAUGUGCUCGUGUGGGUUUUCUGCAGGUACUCCGGCUUCCUCCCACAUUCCAAAAACUUGCAUAUUCGCUUCACUGAAGACUCAAAAUUGUGCUGAGGUGAGAACCUGAAUGCCCGUUUGUCUAUCUGGCCUGCGAUUGGCUGGCGACCAGCCCAGGGUGUACCCACCUCUCGCCCAAAAUCUGCCAGAGCGACUUUUGUGUGUAUAGUUGUUUAGCUACCUCUCCCACACACACAGCAGUGCCUACAGCGCAAUACACCAGAAAUGACAUUGCAUAUUUUUGCAACUCCAGCACUAAUUCUGCUUUUUGUACAAACUAAAAAAAAUUAAAUCAUGGUCAUAAUAUUAAUAAUAAUAGAUAGGCAUUUUCAUUCUUAAGGCUGGCGUAGCUGCUGGAAUUUUUACUCCUUUUCUGGCUGAUGUAUUUUUUUAACAAGCAAUAUUUUUGGGUAUGGAAUAUUUUUGUACUUCAAAUUGAAGUUGUUUUCACAUUAACGUGUACAAGGCGACGACGGUGUCAGGUGGAGGACGACGACACGCCAAAAGAAAAAGAAAAAUUACCGUUCCACAGUACUAUGGCCUUGUGAUUGACAGCUGCAAAGGCUUUAUGCAACAAAGAAACAAAAACAACAAAACUGUUCACCAGUUGAUUUUUCUCAAGAGCUUGAAUCUCAAUAGUAUUUGUUUUUAAAUAAAAAAAACAUAACAGUAAUUUAAGAUGUUUUAUAUUCAUACUGUAGUGAUAUUUAUGAAUAAAGAUGGCAAUUAUGUUUCA